AUGACAGAUCACCGGAAACCCAAGAGGUACAAAAAUCUUUUGUCAUGGUUUACAAGUGAUAGUGUCGAUGAGAUUAGAAGUGGGAGUGGGAGUGGGAGUAGAAAUGUGACUGAGAAUUUUGUUAAUGAUGUCCCUUUAAAUCGUUCUCCAUCUAUUCCACUAGAAGAGUGUCAUAAUGAAAGAAUUGAGAGAGAAGAAAGUUUUGAUGUUAGUUCUCUAGAACGUGAUCCAGGAAUACGGCGUCCAAUAUGCAAGUACCCUUUGAAUGAGGGUGACAAUAUUCGAAAAGCUUAUGUGGUCUUAGGAUCUUAUCCAUCCCAUCAUCCAGCAUUUACUGAGCAUGGGUUUCAAGGUUGGAAAAAUGUUAUGUCAAAAAAAUCUGGCAUUGUCUCUCACAUGGGAGUCUUAAAUUCUCCACAUAAUAUUUCCAUGCACAAGUGGGAGUCACUAAGAAACCCAUCUAAGCAUAUUGAAAGGGUCAUUAGCACACAAUCAUCACAAGAAGUAGCAGAUAACCGACUCCGGCUUAUUACUACUAUAGAGAGUGUAAGAGUCUUACAAAAUGCUCCUGGAAAUGCCAAGUAUAUUUCUCCCAUUAUUCAAAAACAAAUUCUAAAUAUACUUGGUAACAAAGUUAGAACCAAGAUUCGGGAGGAAGUGGGAGAUGCCAAAUUUUGUAUCCUUGUUGAUGAAGCUGUUGAUGUAUCUAAUAGGGAACAAAUGGCUAUCAUUCUUCGAUUUGUUGAUUGUCAUGGGUUUAUUAGAGAACGGUUUUUCAAAGUGCUUAGUGUGGAAGACACUUGUUCUCAAACUCUAAAAUAUGAGAUAUCCAAAGUUCUUACUCAAUAUGAUCUUCAAGUAGAAAAUAUGCGUGGGCAAGGAUAUGAUGGUGCUAGCAACAUACGGGGUGAAUUUAAUGGUUUACAAGCUUUGUUUCGUGAAGAGUGUCCAUAUGCAUAUUAUGUUCAUUGUUUUGCUCAUCACUUACAAUUGACUUUAAAUGCUGCAGCUAAAGUGGUGCAUGAUAUAUGGGAAUUCUUUUCAACUCUAAGUUUGAUUGUAAAUUUUGUUGAUUCUUCUGCAAAAAGACAUUCAGCUAAUUUGAGAGUUAUUAGAGAAGAAGAAAUUGCAGAUUUAAUGGCUGCUGGAGCACUUGAGACUGGUAGAGAUUUGGUUGCAAAUGGACCAAAUAAAGUACAAGGAGAAGCAAAGAGUGUAGAUAUGUCUGCUCCUUACAAGAAAAGUACAAGGGCUUGUGAACAAAAUAUUACAAAUGAGCAUUAUUAUCGGGUCAAUACACUUAAUGUUGUGAUAGACUUUCAGUUGGCAGAGUUGGAUAGUAGAUUUACAGAUAAUUCGUUGGAGCUCCUUAUUCUUAGUGCUACAUUUGAUCCACGUGAUAAUUUUCGAUCAUUUAAAUGUGAAGAUGUUUGCAAUCUUGCUUUGAGGUUUUAUCCUCAUGAUUUUACAUCAUAUGAUAUGCUUGCUCUAGAUAUGGAGUGUGGGUAUUUUCUAGCAGAUAUUCAAAAGGAUCCAAGAUUUGCCAACACAGCUACUGUGUCUGAUUUGUAG